GUACAGAUGGAGAAAAAGGACAUUCUCCGUGUUCAAGGAACUCGGCAUACCUGGGCCGGAGCCUAGCCUCAUUUUCGGCAACCUCCUUGAAAUCUGGAAAAAGGGCAUGGGCCCAGCGUCGACCGAAUGGCUGAAGAAGUACGGAGACAUCGUGGGCUAUUACAACGGCGUCAUGCCUGGCAUCGUUCUGCGAGACUUUGAAUUGAUGAAGCGUGUCUUCGUCAACGACUUCCACUAUUUCACGGGACGACAGAUCAUGACCGUCGUUUCGAAGAAUCUCCCCCUCAACGAAGUUCGACUUACGAGAGUGGCUGGCGACGACUGGCGCUACUUGAAAAAUAUUGUGCUUCCUGCCUUCAAGACCAGCAAUAUCAAAAAGGCCUUUCCGCUGGUGCGCCAGUGCGCCGAGGAGUGUUUCCGGGUGAUGGACCUCAAGCUCGCCGGAUCCGACGGCUGCGUCGAGCUGUUCGAGCCUUUCUGCAGCAUGGCCUGCGAUGUCGGUCUGCAGUUCUUCGCCGGCGCUCGCACGGACAUCCAGCGAGACGACGAGGCUGCGCUGGCCCUCUGCAAUGCGGCACGCCACAGUGUCGGCCAGUUUGGCGGCGUUGCUCUUUUCUUGCUCAAUAUCCUACCAGACAGUCCACUAUUGCACAAAAUGCUCAUGGGCGUGCGGUCUCUCUUCACUCAGCUGCCUUCGGACGAGAUGAUGGACAGGAUGCUGCCCAUCAUCAAUCACCGCAGAACAAACCCUGACACCACUAAGGAGGACGUCCUUCAAUUGCUGUUGAACUCUGAAAUAGAGGAGAAAAACAACAAAGGAAAAGUGGAAGGCCGGCAGUUAUCGAGCUCUCUGACGGCCCACCCACUCGAGCUGAGAACGGCUUCUAACACAUGCAUCUUCAUUAUUGCUAGCAUUGACGCCGUAGCUUCACCACUGGCCUUCACAUCGUACCUGCUCGCUGAACAUCCAGAAAUUCAGGACAAAGUUCGGGCGGAAGUUCGAGCCCUAAUUGAAAAAGAGGGGGAGCUCACAUACGACAGCCUUGGUGAACUCACGUACUUGGGGCAAGUGCUGUCAGAAUCUCUGAGACUCUAUCCUGCGCUUCCAGGCUCGAUACGCAGGAUAUGUGACGAAGACUACGAGUACAACGGGGUUCGCAUUUUAAAAGGCAUGAACGUUUCAGUUCCUACCCUUGAAAUUCACUACGACCCCGUGCUGUGGCCAGAACCGAAGAAGUUUGACCCUGAACGAUUCAGCAAGGCCAACAAGGACAGCAUACAGCCGAUGUCGUACUUUCCGUACGGAUUCGGACCACGAAGGUGCAUCGCAACUGCGCUCUCGCAGAUGGAGCUCACCCUCACUCUCGCCCUGCUUGUGAUGCGGUACAGGCUACUUCCCAGCGGAAAGUACAAAGACGAGCCACCGAAAUACGCUGCAGCAACGUUGUUGGGUUAUCCGAAAGAAGGUGUAUGGGUCAAACUGCAGAAGCUUGAAGGCUAAGGAAGGACGUUGAAAGAAAGGGCGAAUUUAGGCCAUUUUCGUUCUGACUUGCGACUGUUUUAGGACAUUUGGCUGUUUUUCUCUGUUUUAACGGUGAUUUACACUCAUAACUCACCGCAUGCACAAGCUCUAUUGAUGGCUUC